ACUUCCUCAUUGCUCUGCCGUUUUCUGUCAUUCCUUGAUUCUGCUUUUGCUUGCGCUCUAGUCAUGCCAAAAGAUAAGGAUGGGACCGUUUUGGUCUCGAUGUCCGGGAAGUGGGUUUCCCACACUCACACAGUAACUGCCUAUUGCGGAUUCCUAGGCGCGUUGAUCGUGGGAAUGUCACUCCACUUUCACAAAAUUGUUCAGAAUGAGCAUUAUGGUUAUCCCGACGAAUGGUUUCCAUCAGUGUCAGCUACAAUUGGCGACAGAUAUCCUGAACGAUCGCUGUUUCAGCUCUUCAUCUGCUUAACAUCUGGUCCUCGUUUCGCCCUCGUUUUCCUGUGGUACCUUCUUACGGCACGCCCCGGCGCUUUCGCUCCAAAGUUUGUGGCCAGCAUUGGUCUUAUCCGUUCGUUACUUUGUGGAGGCUGGGUAUACAUUACCUCCACCGAUGACCAUGACUAUCACGAUAUCUUUAUGAUUUCUUACCUCGUCUUCACCCUCCCUUGGACGCUCGGUUGUCUCGCCCUGUCCCCCAUGAACCUUACAGCAAUCAAGUAUAGAAAGUUAUUUGCUGGUCUUUUCUUUGGUACCCUUGUACCACUGAUUUAUUUCUUUAUCCAGCACAAGGUCCACAAGGUCGCUGGAGCUUACACUAUUUACGCUUUCUUUGAAUGGUCUCUCAUCUUAUUCGAUGUUGGUUUUGAUGCUGUUACUGCCCUAGAUUUUGAAGGAUUCGAAUUUAGAGUUGUAGAUGUCAAGAGUGUCAGCAAAGGAAAAAAUAUAGCGCUUUCCGACGCAGUUCUCGAAAGAUCAAAGAUGGAUAAAAAGGAUAUCCCACAACAGUUUUUAACUGACACUUACUCAUGGAACGAUGUGCUCGAUGCUCUUGCCGAUGUUUACAGCGGGUUCAUGUUUUGGUCCAUCCUGACAUCACUCGGAGUGACUAUUUGGUAUUUUCCGCUCUGGCAUAUGGGUAUCUCGGGUUACGAAGUGCUUGUCAUGACCACAGUAUCGCCGUUUUUACUAGGCAUCGGUCCAGUCCGUAGAAUAGUUGUUAACCAUCCCCGCUACGUUUAUCUGCUGUCCCUCCUUGGCCUCCUGGCAUUCGUAUCCAAAGUGCCGGAAACACGUCUUUUCUUCGUCGCAGCCGGCGUCUGGUUUACGACCCUCGCAUGGACUGGCAGCUUCUUUGCCGAAAGGGCGCAGCCUGGGAGAUUGGAAGCGAAGGUUUCUGCAUUUUCACUAGGGUUGAUCGCAUCCAGUAUUGCAAAAUUUGCUUGCCGCAGCAACAACCCCAUAUGGCCUAUUAUGAAUACCGAGAAUGGUGGAUGGAAUAAGACUGGGCUUGUUCUUGCCGUGUUGGCGGUUCUCCGUUCAACUAGAAAAGGACCGGUUGGUGAACUUCCGUUGUCUCCUCCUAACAAGGGCGGGUCCUCAAUUAUACCAGCUAUCGGAUUGGGAGGACUUCUCUUUGGCCUCCAUUCACUAUUGUCUGACUCCAGCACCAUGAUCACUUGGGUUUGGGAUGGAUACCCAGUCAAGGGACCCCUUGCUGUCCCUCAUGGUGCAUACGCUUUGGUCGCAAUGGGAGCGGGUUUCUUAAUCGGUCUCCUGCGCGAGGAUUUGGCAAGGACAUGGACAUUAUAUGGUGUCGGUUGCACUGCAGCUGCGAUUUUCCAUCGCAGUCCUGGAUGGACUGGAUAUUAUGGCGCAUUGGUGCUGGCUUUGUAUCUGAUGGCUCUGGUCCCUUCAUUCAUUCAGUCAGCAACAAAACACAGCCCCGGCAAAACCUUUGGCUUAUCAUUCUUGGUAUAUAAUUUAUUGGUUUUGGCGCAUGUCUGGGUUGUCGCUUAUGCUUUUGUCCCUGGCGGUCCUCUGCUCCGUGAAAGGACGGACCUUAUCAUGACUGCCACGAUGUUGGCAAUUGGUGUUGGCGUUUUCGCGACUACGAGCUACGGGCCAAAGAGUGCCAGGGAGCUGAGGGCGGAAGACUUCCCAAGCCGAAGACGCUUCAGAUCAUACGCCGUCUAUUCUCUCGUUGGUCUGGAGCUUUUCGCAGCCUCGAUCGCAUACAUGCGUUUCCCAUCCUUCGACUACCAGCCAUACCACAAAGAAGAAAAGGUUCUGACCGCCGGCAUAUGGACUGUCCACUUUGCGCUCGACAAUGAUAUGUGGAGUAGCGAGAGGCGUAUAAGAGACGUUAUCAAGGAUUUGGAGGUCGACGUCAUUGGUCUCCUUGAAUCGGACCUGCAAAGGAUUAUCAUGGGCAACCGCGACAUGACACAAUUCCUUGCGGAAGAUCUUGGAAUGUAUGCAGACUUUGGCCCUGGGCCAAACAAGCACACAUGGGGAGCUGCGCUUCUCUCCAAAUUCCCCAUUGUCAACUCCACACAUCACCUCCUUCCCUCACCGGUGGGCGAGCUCGCGCCCGCUAUCCUCGCAACACUUGACAUGUACGGAGAGAUGGUAGACGUCCUAGUCUUCCACAGCGGACAGGAGGAGGAUGUGUUGGACAGGAAAUUGCAGAGUGAGGGUAUCGCAAAGCUUAUGGGCGACAGUCCAAGGCCGUUGAUCCUACUAAGCUAUCUCGUCACAAAGCCCAAACAGGGCAAUUACAACACAUACGUCAGCGAGACAAGCAGAAUGAGGGACAUCGACAGCAGUGAUUGGGAUAGAUGGUGCGAAUACAUCCUAUAUAGGGGAUUGAAGAGAAUCGGAUACGCUAGAGUCUCGAGGAGUACGAUCACAGACACUGAAAUCCAGCUGGGCAAAUUCGUCGUUGGGGAACCAGAAGGUACCGAUGAAAUAAUACCCGAGAGCGAGGUGCCGGGGGGAUACAGAUUUCCAGAUAUGUUCAAAGGCCAAGGUGUCCGAGGUCACAAAUACCAUGUAUUCAAUGAGCCACGUUACUACCGAUAACCGUAAUAGAUAUCACUAUCCUUGGGCAGAUACUUUCCUGCUCAAGUUCUAACUUAUUCCUAAUUCUGACCUCCAUACCCGUUUCUGGGGGUUUUCUCCUUCACAUCACAUUUUUUGUCCAUUUCAUUUCUGUAUUAUGAUACCCUGGAA